UUUUUAUUAAUAUAGUUGUAUGUCAUUCUACUAAGAAAUCUUUUAUCACGAACUUUUCCUGAAAUCGAAAUCAAGUAAUCAAGUAAGCAAGUACAGUGAGCUGAAGAGGUCAGGUGCACCUUUUGCUGUAUACUUUGUUAAUGUCCUUGACACAAUGCAGCAAAGGACGACUGAAUGUUGUCUCCAUUUUUCAGUAGAACAAAACUAUAUUCAGUCAGAUUAAAUUUCUAACUUGUAUCAUGAUAAAUUUAACAAAGAAAUGUAACUUCAUCAUGUUUGCAUUAACAGUGGUUUUAAUUCUGUUGAUAUCAUCUGUUGCAAGUCAGAGACGUUGGGCUGGAACAUAUCCUACUGAACCACCAUUAGAGACUGGAGUCAAUAAACAGUGCAAUUGUGAUAAAUCUGAUUUCGAAGAAGGUAAACAGUUUAGCCCCAAAAAUCCCGAUUACGCGAAAGGAGAUAUCGGGCGAGAUGAAGACGACAAAGAAGGAGGAGAUAGAAUUCGUUGGGAGCCACCAGAAAUUAGUGAUAUUAGACGAGAUAAUGAAAGAAAAGACCCAAAUUCAAGAAUUGAUGUCGCGAGGAGAAUCGAAGUAACAAGUAGUGAAAGAGGAGGUCCCGUGCUUACUAUGAUUCAAAAGCCUCCCGAAGAACGUAGACCCAAUGAUAGAAGUGAUAGUAGAAAUAUAAGAAAGGAUGCAUAUCCUAGUACGGGUACUAGAAGAAAUGAUAAUCCAAUACAUGCGAGUAGAGGAACUUUUUCACAAUCACGUCUGAAAGGAACUGCGUCGAGAGACCAGAGUAGUGGUGUACAGGGUCACGAUAUAAGGGAAGAUUCUUUCAGAAAUUAUCAGCCUAAGAGAGGAGAUGAACUUCCAAAAAGUGGAAGAGAUUCAACAGCUAUCCGAGGAACCAGGCUGACAACAAGUAGGCCUACAGAAAGUAAUAUAAGGAUAAAUCCAGAAAUUAGAGAAGAUUAUAUUCCCAAAUCUGACAGAAAUGAUGAUAAAAUUUUAGUGGAUAAUCAGAAUUUUACGAAAGAUUCGCGAUUUGAAAAUGGAAGAAAAGAUCUUGAUAGAUCAAAUGAAAGAAGUAACGUCAAGCCGCCAAUCCAAAGCGAAGAAGGGAGAAAGGAUGCUACUUCACGUAAUUCGAGAACUAAUCCUACCAAUUACCGCCCUAGCGGAGGUUCGAAUGUGAAUAACAGAGCAACUGUGAGACCUUUAUCAACUAACAGAAGUUAUGGCGUUACACAGUUUGAAGAUAAUAUCCGAAAGGAAGAUAGAUCAGCAAUUGGAUCUUCUCGUAAAAAUGAAGACGAAUCAAAAAUUCUGAAAAACCAAAAUAAUCCUACUAGAAUCCAUGCAAGACCCUAUCCAGUCACUGCUAGAACAUUUCCCCCAAAUCGAUUUCCUCAACGAGAUUCUCCAAGAAUAAUUGAAGAUAGGAAGAUCGUCGCAGGAGAUAGAAAUACAAACAGAAAAGUCGGUUUUCUUCCAGACUCAAGUCACGAAAUAAUCGUAUUCCCUAAAGAUGACGACGACGACGAUGAUGAUAGUAGUGAUGAUGAAUAUGAAGAAACCAAAUACAGCCAAAGUAAUAGAAGAUCAUUCAGGAAUAAUCAGAGAGAUAGAACUCGAAACAAGAGGGAUAUUGAUCUUCAUGAAGACGUGGAGUUUAUUCCCGGUUUCGAAUUCUCUAACAAUAGAAGAAAAGAAGUUCUGAAGCAUUACGAUGAAGUCGAUGAGACGGAUGUAGAAGUCUUCUCCCUAAAAGCCAUCGAGAUAAAAAAAUCAAGCUAGAAGUUUUAAAAGUUUUGCCUAAAGAAAAAAUGAUGAUGAAAUAAAACAAUUGCUGAUUAUUUUAUAUCAUUUUCAUUCAAAUUAUUAAUCGGAACAUUAUUUUAAGUCAUUUUAAAGGAGGACAAAAUUCUUUUAUUUUUAUAAUUUACAUGUAACUUAAUUGUUCAGUGCGGGUUUCUUUGUAGAGAAAGAUUAAUAAAAGGUUUUAUCUUA